CCCAUUUUUUAGAACAAGAAAACGACCUCGAAGUUCUGCAUGCCUUGGAUAAUGCAGGUGAAAUAUUUGAUGAAAUGUUUUAUCGUGAAAGACAGAAUGAUGAAAUUGUUAAUUUAAAUUAUUUUGAAGAAGUAAUACCACGUUAUAACGAUAACCAAUUUCAUCCGCAUUUUAGAAUGCAUCGAGGAACAUACAUGGAAUUGGAAAAUAUAAUGAGAUCUCUAAUUAGACAGAGAGAAAAUGAUAUAUCAUUAUCGAAAAAAUUAUUUUUAACAUUAUGGAUUAUAGCCACGCUAGAAAGUUUUCGAUCUGUUGCAGACAGAUUUGGCCUUUCCAAAGGUGUAGCUUGGAUCAUUUUUAAAGAAGUGGUUUAUGCGUUAAAAAGAAUUAUGUCACGUUUUAUAAGAUGGCCAAAUAAUGCGGAAUGUGAAAAAAGUGAAAGGAUACAUUAUUUCGUGUUUUCCAGUUUACAAUAAUAUUUUGAAUACUUUUAAAAAUUUUUAAUUGUUUUAGGUUUUCAUUUU